AUGGCUCUUAGGGGCAUCACAGUCGUUGAACUCGGCGGCCUGGCCCCGGUUCCCUUCUGCGGCAUGGUCCUGGCGGACUUCGGAGCGCAGGUGGUGCGUGUGGACCGACCCGGCAUCCGCAGCGACGUGAGCAGGUUGGCCCGAGGCAAGCGCUCGCUGGUGGUGGACCUGAAGCGGCCGCGGGGAGUGGCGGUGCUGCGACGCCUGUGCGCCCAGGCGGACGUGAUGUUGGAUCCUUUCCGUCCCGGGGUGAUGGAAAAACUCCAGCUCGGUCCAGAGAUUCUCCAGAAGGAGAACCCGAGGCUUAUCUAUGCCAGAUUGAGUGGAUUCGGCCAGUCGGGAAGGUUCUCCAAGGUAGCCGGACAUGACAUCAACUUUGUGGCUUUGUCAGGUGUUUUAUCAAGAUGUGGCAGAAGUGGUGAGAAUCCAUAUGUCCCGCUGAAUCUCCUGGCUGAUUUUGGUGGUGGUGGCCUCAUGUGCACACUGGGCAUCGUUAUGGCAUUGUUUGAACGCACACGCUCUGGCAAAGGUCAGGUCAUCGAUGCAAGCAUGGUGGAAGGAACAGCAUAUCUAAGUUCUUUUCUAUGGAAAACCCAAGAAACAGGAUUGUGGGAACAGCCUCGUGGACAGAACAUUAUAGAUGGUGGAGCACAUUUCUACACAACCUACCAGACAGCGGACGGGGGGUUCAUGGCUGUCGGAGCAUUAGAGCCCCAGUUCUAUGAGCUGCUGAUCAAGGGACUUGGGCUAAAGUCUGAUGAACUUCCCAAACAGAUGAGUAUAAAGGAUUGGCCAGAAAUGAAGAAGAAAUUUGCAGAUAUCUUUGCAAAGAAGACAAAGGCAGAGUGGUGUCAGAUCUUUGAUGGCACAGAUGCAUGUGUGACUCCUGUGCUGACUUUUGAAGAGGUUGCCCAUCAUGGUCACAACAAAGAUCGGGGCUCAUUUAUUACUGAUACAGAGCAGCGUGUGAGUCCCCGCCCUGCUCCUUUGCUGUCCAACACUCCAGCUCUCCCUUCGACUAAAAGGGAUCCUUUUCUAGGAGAACACAGCGAAGAGAUUCUUAAAGAACUUGGGUUCAGCCAGAAAGAGAUCAUUCAGCUUCAGUUAGAUAAUAUUAUUGAAAUUCAUAAACUUAGAGCUAAUGUCUAA